UUUUACCGUUGGUAUGUGGAUAGCAGAAACACCUUUGUUAUCGGAGAUGUCGACACUAUCGCCGGAAAAAUGAAACGUUUCAAGGGUAUUGGUGGAUAUAUAUGGUGGGCAUCAUGCGUGAUUUCUAUCCUGCUUUUGUGGAGGACGGCUGAAUGCCAGAUUCGCUACACCAUACCGGAGGAGCUGAAAGAGGGCUCUGUCGUUGGAAAUAUCGCAAAGGACCUUGAGUUGGACGUAUCUGCAAUAUCAUCUCGUAAUUUGCGGAUUGCGUCUGAAUCCAGCAAACAAUAUUUCACCGUGGACCUGGCAAAGGGUGAGCUCGUUGUGAAUGAGAGGAUAGACAGGGAGACGCUAUGUGGACAGACUGCUGCUUGCUUGUUACCGUUACAGAUAGUUAUUGAAAACCCAUUACAACAGCACCGCGUAGAGGUGGAAAUACAAGACAUAAAUGACAAUGCACCACAGUUUCAUAAGAAAGAAAUUCAACUAAGAAUAUCAGAAUCCGUCGCCCCAGGAGCUCGCUUUCCUUUAGAGAACGCUGAUGACCCAGAUGUUGGUAGCAAUAGUUUGAACUCGUACACAUUGAAUAAAAAUGAGCAUUUCCGUUUGAAUGUUAAAACGCUCAUCGAUGGACGGAAGGUGCCUGAAUUGAUAUUGGAAAAAUCCUUAGACAGAGAGAAACAAGCUGUUUACAGGUUGACGCUAAAGGCAUUAGAUGGAGGGAAUCCUGUUAAAUCAGGUACGGCUUUAAUACAGGUAGCUGUCCAAGAUAUCAAUGACAAUGGACCGAAAUUUGACCACACCUUGUAUAAAGCAUCAGUAAAAGAGAGUGCUGGAAUUGGCCAAAGUGUUCUUACGAUAAUGGCUACAGAUCUCGAUGAAGGUCUUAAUGGUGAAGUUGAGUACUUUUUCAGUGAGCACACCUCCGAAUUGGUUAAACGGGCGUUUGAUGUAAACUCCCAAUCUGGAGAAGUAACGGUGGUUGGGAAAUUAGAUUAUGAAGAUGUGAAAAUGUACAUGUUUGACGUCAGUGCCAAAGACAAAGGUCAACCGGAAUUGGAAGGACAUUCAUCGGUUCAGAUAGAUAUAAUUGAUGAGAAUGAUAAUGAGCCUGAAAUAAAAUUAACAUCAUUACCUAGUCCAGUAAGUGAAAAUGCCACAAUCGGAACUGCAGUUGCAUUGCUGAAUGUGAAAGAUCUGGAUUCAGGAGAGAAUGGCAAAGUUAAGUUAAUUGUAGCACCUGGUUAUCCAUUCAAACUAAAGCCCUCUUUUGAUAACCACUAUUCUUUAGUGACAGACUCGGUCUUGGACCGUGAGGUGAAUUCAGAGUAUGAUGUUAAGAUAAUAGCCACUGAUUUGGGCUUACCACCAUUGACAACAAGCAAAUCUGUACACGUCAAAAUACUAGAUAUUAAUGACAACCGGCCAGAGUUUACGCACGCCUCUUACGAUAUAUACGUAAGGGAAAACAACGCAGCUGGUGCGUCUUUGUUUUCUGUGUCAGCCACAGACAAAGACGAGAGUAAGAAUGCAUUGCUGACAUAUUCUAUAGCAGACACGAAAUUUCAGGAUAUACCAGCCUCGAGCUACUUCUACAUUAAUGCUGAAAAUGGCACAAUUUACAGCAUGAAUUCAUUUGAUUACGAGAAGUUGAAAUUAUUCCAAAUUGUCGUACAAGCCAAAGAUCAGGGCUCACCAUCUCUUAGCAUCAACACCACUGUUAAUGUUUUUAUUCUGGAUCAAAACGACAAUGUCCCAGUUGUCAUUUACCCCUCCGCGAGCAUGGGCUCUGUGUCUCACCAGAGAAUGCCCCGGUCUGCUAAAAUGGGCCACCUCGUUACCAAGGUAACAGCUGUGGACGCAGACUCGGGCCACAACGCCUGGAUUUCCUAUAGACUGGCGGAAGCUACAGACUCGUCUCUGUUCGCUGUCAAUCUUUACACUGGAGAGGUGAGGACUAAACGCUCUGUUUCAGAGCAGGAUGACGCCUCUCAGAGACUGCUCAUAGAGAUCAAGGACAAUGGAGAGCCAGUGCAGUCCACCACAGUCACAGUGGACAUACUCAUAGAGGACGGACUGCACGAACCCGUCUCUGAUUUCAGACACAAAGCCUCAGAAAAAGACAAGAAAAAUAGUAAAAUCACUUUCUAUUUAAUCCUGUCAUUAGCCUCCGUAUCUGUGUUAUCUUUGUUGACAUUUUUCAUCUUACUAAUUAAAUGCGCUAGAAGUAGCAGAGGGGGCGAAAGUUGUUGCAUUAGAAGAGAUUCUGAUGGCUAUAAGAAUCCCAACAGAAACCUACAGAUCCAGCUCAACACUGACGGGCCUAUUAAGUAUGUGGAGGUUCUGGGGGGAGACAUGAUGUCUCAGAGUCAGUCGUUUGGCUCCUAUCUGUCUCCAAUGUCGGAGUUCAGUGACUUAACAAUGGUCAAGCCCAGCAGUACGCUUGACUUUAAGGAUACAUUACGCGGACUUGAUGCGUCAUUGCCAGACAGCGCGUGGACCUUCGAGUGUCAGCAGGUGAGCACGCUGUGUUUAUCCCCUUAA